GUCCAAUUAAGAGUGUUGAGAUGAAUCACUACAGGUGAAAUGUGAGGAUGAAGACAGGUUUUUUAAAGGUGUACUCCUAAGGAAUAAGGAACGGAAUGCCAACCUGGCUCUGAUCCACAGAGGGAGAGAGAGAGUGAGAGAAUGAAAGAGAGAGAGAAAGAGGGAGGGAGCACGUCAGGGAGGAUAGCAUUUCCACUCAGAACGAUGGGAAGGGAGGCUGCAUUCUGGUUUGGUGAGUUUCAGGGCAGGGAACACACACACACACAUACUCACACAAAGAGAACAGGUUCACAGACCAGCCCAGUCAGUGAGAAAUUACACUAAACAUUUCCUUCUGCAGAGGUUGAUUCGGAGAAGUCUUUCCCUCUGGCACACAUACUUUUUCUACCUCAGUGGAUAUUUUGACUACCCACUACUGUCUACUGUAUAUCUGUAAGGAGAAGCAACAGCAGGGAACUGAAAGAGAGAACAACAGAAACCAAAAGAAAAAAAGAAGAGAAACUGCAGAGGAGAAGAAGACUCUUGCUGCCACGGCAGGGAAGAGCUCAGUUGAGAGAAGACCCCCGAACCCCACACUGGGAAUCCAGUACACGAGAGACAAGCAGACGCGGCAGUCGAGGGGGGUCUGAAGAAUGACCCUGUUUGGAUGUUUGUCCUCCUCAGUUUGAUCACCAGGGGUAUCAGGACUUUGACUCAGCUUCACAGCUUGACUGCCCAGGUGAAGACAGUGAGUGUAGAAGCUGAGCAGGGUUGAGAAGGGAGAAGAGAAAAGGAAGGGGGCCGAGAGAGAGAGAACGCGAGAGUGUGUGUGUAUGUGUCAGUCACAGCACAUCACAGAAGGAGCUCUGAUUGAAUGUGUCAGAAUGACAGCAGAAGACUCCACCUGUCCCGUCGCCAUGAGUAAUGCAAGCGCCUCUUCCAGCACCAACCCUGUGGCCGCCAUCCCCGAGGGAGUGGCUGGAGCCCAGAAUGAAGCUGCCCUACUGUCCCUGAUGGAGCGCACCGGCUACCAAAUGGUCCAGGAGAACGGCCAGCGCAAAUAUGGACCUCCCCCAGGCUGGGAGGGCCCUGCGCCCCAGCGUGGCUGCGAGAUCUUUGUGGGCAAAAUCCCCCGGGACGUCUACGAGGACGAGCUGGUUCCCGUGUUCGAGUCGGUCGGCCGCAUCUACGAGAUGCGGCUGAUGAUGGACUUUGACGGGAAGAACCGCGGCUACGCCUUUGUGAUGUACACGCAGAAGCACGAGGCCAAGCGUGCCGUCCGAGAGCUCAACAACUAUGAGGUGCGACCAGGCCGGCUGCUGGGUGUGUGCGGGAGCGUGGACAACUGCCGCCUCUUCAUCGGGGGCAUCCCCAAGACCAAGAAGCGCGAGGAGAUCAUGGAGGAGGUGUCCAAGGUGACGGAGGGCGUGUUGGAUGUCAUUGUGUACGCCAGCGCUGCCGACAAGAUGAAGAACCGUGGCUUCGCCUUCGUCGAAUAUGACUCCCACCGCGCCGCCGCCAUGGCCCGCAGGAAGCUGAUGCCAGGACGUAUACAGCUCUGGGGUCACCAGAUCGCAGUGGACUGGGCCGAGCCUGAGAUUGAUGUGGAUGAGGACAUCAUGGAAACUGUAAAAAUCCUGUACGUCCGAAACCUGAUGAUGGAGACCUCUGAGGAGACGUUGCGCCGCAUCUUUGGCCAGUUCAACCCCGGCUGUGUGGAGCGAGUCAAGAAGAUCCGCGAUUACGCCUUUGUGCACUUUGCCAGCAGAGAUGACGCUGUGGUCGCCAUGGACAACCUGAACAAUACGGAGAUCGAAGGUUCCUACAUCGAGGUGACCCUGGCCAAGCCAGUGGACAAAGAACAGUACAGCCGCUACCAGAAGGCUACCAAGGGCUCGGGCAGCACAGCAGCCCCCAGCGAGACCAGCCAGCAGGGCUAUGUGUACCAGUGUGACCCCUACACACUGGCCUACUACGGCCACCCCUACAGCACCCUCAUCGGCCCCAACAGAGAAUACUUCACCAAAGGAAAUAUGCUACUGGUCCAUUCUGAAGUGCCACCUCUUGAAAACUAUACAGGUGCAGUGAGAGGCCGUGGCAGAGCAGGUGUGAGCAGCCGCACACCUGGGCCACGCGGGUCCUACCUGGGUGGGUACUCAGCAGGGCGUGGCAUCUACAGCCGCUACCAUGAGGGCAAGGGCCGGCAGCCAGACAAGCCCUACGAGCUCACACCAGGCCUGGAACUGGCAACCAUCAACACCGUGGGCAUGAAACCAGCUACAAUGGCUAUUCCAACUUUGGGGGCCCAGUACCCAGUGUUUUCCACCACCGGGGCCCCAAAGAUGAUGGACGAUGGGAAGAUUCAUGGAAUGGAACACCUCAUCAAUCCUCUCACUUUACAACAUGAUCACACCACUGCUGUUCUACCCUCUGUCUCAACACCACCUCCCUUUCAGGGUAGACCCAUAACUCCUGUCUAUGCUAUGGCCCACAAUAUGCAGCGCAUCCCCACAGGGCUGUAUGGUGCAGGCUAUGUUCCACUCACUGCUCAUACGGCCAACACGGCCGCUCUGGCCGCACUGCAGAAGAAUGCUGCUGUCGCUGCGGCAGCCUACGGAGGCUAUGGCUAUGUUCCUCAGGCGUUCCCCACGGCAACCUUUCAGAUGCCCCUCCACGACAUCUACCAGACCUACUGAUGGAGCCCAGAAGAAGUGUACUCAGCGACAAAAUAACCAAAACACUUUCAUGAAGAAUUGUUUAAGAAGUAACUAAAAGAAAUGAAGAAACAGCUCAUGGCCAACCAAAUCGACCAGACCCUUCCUUGGUUUUGACUUUUGCAUUACACAACCGAUGUGGAGAAGACCCAACUCCAACCCACACCCCACCCCAUAGUGAUAAGCAGCACUGCAUGUGCAUAUGAAUUAUUUGCCCCCUUAUUAACGUAGCUGUGAAAUCACAUUGAUGAAGCAACGUGACCUCACCAAACUAGCCAUCUCUCACCCAACCCCCAACUGAUGAAACCUUUCCAUCCAAUAGCCCAAAUGGUUUGUGACCCUCUCCAAACUAUGGAAUGUGACCUUAACUCCACCCUGCCAAAUCUGACCAUUCCAUGCCAGAUUUAAUCUGAUCCACAUGCCCCCACCCCACCCCGCCUACACACACACACACACACACACACACACACACACACACACACACACACACACACACACACACACACACACAACCUUCUGCAGUUUUGGCACCAUGAGCUUUGAAGGAGUUUAAGCAUCUAUACCGAUUGGAAAGCUGUGUUUAUGAGCUGCUCUUGGAGGUAGACUUUCCAUCAUUGCUGUUGUUGAACUUUUUCAGAGACAAAAGUUAGACAAAAUAAUGUCUUUACAAAUAUUUUAAGUCUCAAGGAACUACUGACAUGAAAUGUAAAAUUCAAGAGAAUUCUUAUGUCUUUUUGUCUGCAGUGUUUAUGCAGAGAUUUUAUCACAGAAGAUUAUGACUUCCACUUUUGAGUCAUCUUCCGUCCACUGGAUGAACUACUUUAUCUCAAUUUCUCAAUUUUUUUUCUUCUUUCAUAGAUAUUAUUGCUAUUGCUAUUAUCAUUUGCUGCUUGUUUGGUUUUAACAGAUUGAGUAUGAAGCUUUAUGUACUGGAAAAUGUGUCUUGUGAAACCCCAUGUCUCUGUUUGAGAACUGGAAAAAUAUCUAGAAAGUUUGCAUAAAAAUGCAAGUAUGCAAGAAAAGAACAACCAACAUUUCAGCCUUUCCAUAAACUUUCAAAAGUGCCUGUUUUACUAUGACUUCCUAGCCACCCUAACAAUUUGUAUAAAGAAGCAGUAAACAAAAGGUUUACUUGGAGACAGGCCCUGUGCUUGGCAUGGUGUGAUGAGACCCCCACAUGCCUGUGCCUUAGAUAGCGCUGUUCUGCAAGGUACACAUGUAUUGUGUGGCUCGCCAGCUACAGUAUGGCACAUCCAUUGUCAUUCCACCUGAGCUCAGAUUAUCAGCAGUUUUUUCAUCCUUGUGUGGUCAUCUGACUAUUGUCCAGAAGCCCAAAACAAAAUGCUACGAUGUGGCAACAGGUCACAAAUACUUGCUGACUGAAUGAUAGCAAGAAGGUUGACACAUACUCGUAAUACUGAGUUGGUAAGUGAACAGAGUAUUUCACAAUGUCAAAUCCUUGUGAAGAGCACUUUCCCAGUCAAGUGAAGUGAGCCCCUUGUGUUUGUUGUGACAUCUUUUCCCCCAGCUGUAACUUCAGCUUGACCUCAGGCAGCUGCAGUGCAGUUCCUCUAAGCUGACCAGCUUCAGCGACUGAAGCCUCCACAUGAGCUUAUUAUUGAGCUCCUCUGGGCUGGCAGCUCACUGUUAGUAGUCCUCUAGUGUAUUUUACUUUAGUCACUCCCACUGACACACUGAGAGUUCCCUGUGCGGGCCCUGAGAGAUUCUGGAAUGCUCUUAAUUCGUCCUGCUGGAUGUUUAGAAAUAUAUGUGUGAGCAGAGAGUGUGAAUGAGUGUGUAGUGUGAACAUCUCAUUGGCUUGCUGAUGUUUCUUGUGUUAUUGUUUGAUUAAAUCUGGACUUAACUGAGAGAGUAACAAAUACAAUGAAAGAAUGAAGAAAUACUGGUUGUGUUUCUUUCUACGCUUUCAGGAAGAAUUUUAUCUCUACAUGGUCUUAAAUAGGUUAACUGGACCAAAGAAAUAUCAUGGUCAUCUUUAUACUUUACUUUUAAUAUUUUCAUUUUUGCAUUUUUGUGUUUCCAAACCCAUGAAAUGGCUGUCUGAGGACUGAGCUUUAUGAUGCCUGGUCACCUUUGUAUCUAUUUCAGUCAUGCUCACUCUGAUGUGCAGAGUUUUGGUAUGUAUCUGUACUUCUGAAGUCUCACUGCUCACAGAAGAGUCCAUUCACAGUGAAACUGUUGUGUUGUAGAGAAACCAUGUUAGUGACAAGUGGCCACAUCACUGUCAAUUUAUUGAAUAACCACUGGCACCUGAUGAAGGAUCCUAUUCCAUGGUGUAUAUUCUUACAUGCAUGCCUUUGACACACACAUACACAAACACACAAACACACACACACACACACACACAGAGAGAGAGAGAGAGAGAGAGAGAGAGAGACACACACACACACACACACACACACACACACACACACACCUUAAGGGCUGUUGUCAGAGCUGGUGUGCCUUGUUGUAUUAUUGCAGUGUUGUUGAGAUUUAUUCUAUGACCUUUUGAGACUGGUAGACUUGUUUAUUAUCACAGAGUAAGGAUAUAUAUUUAAUAUAUGCUUCAAAUAUGUUGUGUAUGAAGUAAGAAGAAAAGCGAUAAUAUAUUUUAAAAGAAAUGUUUUUUCCUUCUUUUCCAUUCGCUUAUUUUAGAGAUGAAGCAAAAAAAAACAUGUUUGGUUUGCCAAAGUGUCCAAAUGUGUGAGCCAAGAGUUUGGUGAUGGAAUGGAUAGUGAGUCGAGUUGAGUAGCAAGCGAUUGGCCAGUCUGGUGUGGCUACAAGCUGGCCAAUCACGUCUCUAUCCCUAUUAUUACCUCACUCUCAUUGACAUCCUCCUCACCAGCAGUUUUCACUUGAAGUGCUUAUAGUCCCUGUUCUGACUACUUUAAAGAGAGAAUGGAAUACAAAACGAACAAUACAUAUUUUAGUGAACGUUUUUCAAAGGAUUGUAGUGUGUAAGGGUUUUUAGUGUGCCUUAUUGCCAAAUGUUCUAGAGUUUUUCUUUGUUGAACUAUUUUCUAUCAUGCAUUUGUUUGUUAAAAGCUUAUUUGGCAUUUAUGUAUUUAUAGUGGUUAAGUAGUUGAAUAAAGCAUUUUCAAAAACACAA